AUGGAGCAAGAAAUAUCCUAUUUUCAAAAUUACAAAGAGCAGCCCGUAAAAAAGGCAGGAGAUAUUCGCUUCAAUUUGAACGCCGAGGAAAAGUCAAGAAUCAUUCCAGUUCGGGUAAACAGCAGUUACGGACAUCGGCCUUUUUACGAUACGAUAAUCGGGCGAGAAAAUGUUCGAAUCAACCACUGUCGAGAUUUUCUUUCAAAAAAUGGCAUUGGUCUUUGA